AUUUCUGUUGCGAUUUAUUUUAAAGAACAGGACAAGUGAUUCAUAUUACAUUGGCUUGUAUUUAUCCAUGGAUAAACAAUUUAAAUGGUUGGAUGGCUCUCCUGUUGAUUAUGUGGCAUGGGGAGUAAAUGAACCCAACUUUUCUAACAAUGAGGAGAACUGUGUGGAGCUGUAUAAAGACAAUGGACUUUGGAAUGACGUAAACUGUGGUUCUCCAGGCUCAUAUAUUUUGUGAAAGAAAAAUCGGUAACAUCAAUACAACAUUUGCUCCAACUGUCCCUGCACCACAGGGCGGAUGCCCAGCAGAAUGGCUAGCAUUUAGAGGGAAG